AUGCAUAUCCUCGGCCUCGCCAACGGCAGCAUAGACGGCAACUCAACCAUCCUGCUCAAAGCCGCGCUCCAAGCCGCAAAGAACUCGAACCCCAACACAACAACAUCAUGGAUCCACAUACCCUCGCUCUCCUACCCGCCCAAUGCCGGACCCCUUGCCAACGCACCCGACGUAUCCAUGGGGUCCAACGCAGGAAACAAUCAGCACGGCCAAUCAGCUAGCAGCAGCAACAACCCCAUCCCAGACGACCGCCCAGCCCUCUACGAAGCAAUCAUGCACGCCGACGCCCUCAUCUUCAGCAGCGCAGUGUACUCGCACCAGCCAGCGGGGUCGCUGAAGGCGGGGCUGGACAAGAUCCUAGGGCCGUACACGGACCCAGUCUUCGCCUCGCGGAUCCUCGACGGCCAGGCGCGGGGCGACGCAAAGUACGCAGGCAUGGCCGUCGACGCGCGCGUGCUGCGGCCGCGCGUGGCGGGCUUCCUGGCCGUCGGUGGCAGCACGACGCCGGACCAGUUCGCCAUGGCGCUGCCGACGCUGCAUCUGUUCGCGUACGGGCUGCACGUCAAGGUCGUGGACCAGCAUGUCGUCGGCGGCUGUGCGAAUCCGGGGGCCGUGGUGCAUGCGCAAGAGGGCGAGGUGCUGAGGCGGGCCGAGGAGCUGGGGCGGCGCGUGGCGAGCCAGAUGGGGAAGGGGUUCGAUGAGGCCGAGUAUCUUGGGCCCGAGGUGGAGGGGGGUUGUCCGCAUUGUCACUUGGCAAAGUAUGAUUUCUUUGGGGGCAGCGAGAUGAAAAUGGGCUGUGUUGUGUGUGGGAAUACAGGGAGGUUCGUCGUGGGCGACGAGGGGAAGGUGAAGGUGCGGUGGGAUGAGGACUCGGACUAUUGCUGUAUUACGUGGAGGGGGAAGCAGAAGCAUCUUGAUGAUAUCUUCAAGAAUGGGAGUGCAGAGUGGAAGGGUCUGCAGGGGAGCAAGGAACAGUUGCGGGAAUGGAGGGAACUGGAUGUGGGAAGAGUAGAAUUGCCUUCAGAACAGCAGGCCAAGUUAUGA